UGAAAAGCACAAGUGUUUGUCUGGUAAAAUGAUAUAAACACCUCGCAUGUCUUCCUGAAACUGUGUCUUCUUUGCGGAUGAGAGAAUAAAGAUCAGCUAUGCUACACUCGUUUGGGAUCGUUUGCUUGAUCUGCGCUUUUGCGCAAAUGGUCAUUGGUGAAACUUCAAACACUUUCAAGGCUGCUGUGUACGAGCACGCUGUGCAUCUGCCUAAUGUUUCCAUCGUUCCAAUGCAACGUGAUCAGGCGGUAGAGGCCAUGAUGGUCAACAUCCGUGUGUAUCAAGAAACGGCUACACUUGCGGCAAGCAUGGAGCGAACUUACAUCUUCCCGCAAUGGGUUUUCGUGGCAGCGGUAUCUACACGCCACAAGGAGCGGCCGGAUAUUACUACAACACCAGUAAUGAAAGUGGCGGGCAGCUGAUUGUUCGGGAGAUUCCUAUUGUUCAACAUCCAAGCGAUGCUGCUUGUUCCGGUGAUCAGAAGACUGCUUCUGGAGACCAGUCCCCGAGGCCAGGUACAGAAUCCCAUCAGGUAGCUAACACAAAUGAACCCGUGUUUACAGCUCUGCUCUUCCAUGACUUGCAUUCUCUUGUAAAACUACAUCCCGGUGUUGGAAAUGCGUCCGUAUGCAAUAACAAGCUUUGCUGUCAUGUUGCAUACACCAUCAAAGAUACAAGUUCCGUUGUAACUCUCCAAAAACGAGAACAUGCGUCUAAUGCCAAUCACCAUCACCCCAACGACAGCAACAACACCGAUCAUGAUUUGCACGUCGAAAACAACACUUUGCCAGUCCUUUAUUCAGUCAGUGCUCCAGAGGAAUUUUACGCCUUAGGAGCUUUUGAUGGACUUAACACCUAUGACGGAAAUUAUUACAUCUAGGCGUGUACGGUAAUAAGAUGUCUCAGAUCACAGUUAAACGUUUCAUGUAACGACCACAUUGACGGGCUCUUCAAACCGGACAUGGGGAGUUUCGAAAUCUAUGGGAAUUUCUCGUCAUCUUACCUUUACCUAGAGGUUCUUCUGCAAGGCGACUCUGAUUUCCUACUAACCGACUAUCCACGUAGCUGGGCGUUCAGCGGAGAGCACCUACAAGUCAACAAACCGCUUCCGUCUACACUUGCAGUAGGCGCAGUAUUUGGUCGGGUGUAUUCACGUGAUUAAACAGACGUCACACAGUGGAAAACGAGGUUCAAAUUCCAGUGCAACAUAAAUUUGAUUUGAAAACUCGGGAGCUUACUCCAGUGCCGGUCAAAUGACAUUGAUUUACAUUAAUUACGUUAAGUGUGUAUAAAAGCAUUGAUUUAAAAAAUCUUAAAUAAUUCGCUUGUGCUUGUAUAUGAAUUGUAUGUGAUUAAAACGUCAUCUCAAUUAA